AUGCGCACAGAGCCGCCAGGCGCACCGCCCUCCUCGCAGGAGGCGGGAACUGGCAGUGCGUAUGCGCCUGCGCCCGAGUGCGCGGGGAAAACGCAACGGGGAGCAGGGAGCAUGGGUGGUGAAGACUACAACUCCCAGCAUACAUUUCGCCGGUGGGCCUGUGCCACAGUGGUGGGGCAGCGUUGCAUGCCGGGAGUUGUAGUUCGCGCCUCUCACGCUGAGAUAAUUAAACACCCCCACACAUCCUCCAGUAAAAUGGGGGAGACUGCUGGUGGAAGAUCAGCAAAAAAACAGUUUAAAUCACAAAAUCAACAAGGGCUUUCCAGCAAAAAAAAGGGAACAGAUGGAGAAGGAAGAAAUCAAGGUCAAAAAAGAAAGCAGGUCAGUCAGACAGUCAAAAGGAAAGCUAAGGAACCCAGGGACUAUUCCCCUGCAGAAGAAAAAGUUUCUUCAAAAAAAGUGAAGCUAACCAGUGCUAAAAUAGGAUCUUGGCAGACUCUCCCUGAGAGCAGUCGGCAGUUUCUGGAAACUGUAAUGGAUUCAGUAAUACUAUCUGUUUUGUGCCAACAAAGUCAGAGAAAAGAUGAUGUUCAGAAGCACCUCAAUUUACUGAAAGAAAGGUAA